AUGGAUUCCAACGCUCGCAGCCUUAAGAUCCAAGUACUCACGCCUUCCCCACGUCCUACGUCUCUAUUCACGCCCAUGGCGAAGGGCCUGAGGUGUUUGAUCCUCCUUGCAUCGUUGCUGGUUGUUGAUGGACUGGCAACUGGAAAGCUUGGGAAAGAGCUGAAGAAAGAAAAAGGCUAUGAGGGUGCAUGGAGCCUGACAAUCCAGCUUCGCUUCAAAGAUGUUGCGACACGUGAUGAGUUUCUGAAAUCCUGGGGAGUCUUGGCACGCUAUGUGCGUGACUAUGAGCCCUUUUGCUUGCUUUUCGAAGCUAUCCAAAGUGAUAAAGACCCGCUCCUGUUGAUCGUGGAUGAGAGAUACACCGACAAAGAUGUCUACGGUAAGCACAGGAGCAGUGAUGCUUUCAACGUCUUUCGGCCCCAAAUGCAGAAGCUUCAAGAUGCAGGUGAUGCCAGUCCCGAGGAGAUGCACGAGAUGCAGGCCCGAGAGGAGAUGGUGCCCGAUGGAGAUCGAAUGGACGUGACAGAGAGCCCCGCGAGUUUGACCGAGGUUGGAGUCCCGCGGCCCGCCUUGAUCAAGAAACCCACGU